GCCGCACAGAGACCCGACUGUGGCACGCUGCAGGUCUGCGUCCGUGUGCUUUUCUCUCUCUCGCUCUCUGGUGUUUGGUUCUUCCAGGAAGCAAACGGCUCACUGAGCAUCCAUUGCGAGGUUUCCCCCCCCUUCUAUUUCUUUUACACCGCUUUUUCACAUGCCGCCGUUACAGCGCUGGGGGUAGGGGACGCACUGUGACCGACCAAGCAGCGAUGAAUAUGGCGUUUAUUGGGGACGCGGACCCCUUCACCGCUUCGAUACCUGCCACCAAAGUUGAACUGACGGUCUCGUGCAGGAACCUGCUGGAUAGAGACACGUUCUCCAAGUCAGAUCCAAUUUGUGUCCUGUACACUCAAGGAAUAGCCAACAAGGAAUGGAGAGAGUUUGGUAGGACAGAAGUCAUCGACAACACCCUCAACCCCGACUUUGUCCGCAAGUUCAUCCUUGACUAUUUCUUCGAGGAGAGACAGAAUCUACGCUUUGACCUGUAUGAUUUAGACUGCAAGAGUGACAACCUCUCCAGACAUGACUUCCUGGGCCAGGCCUUCUGCACACUGGGUGAAAUUGUCGGCUCCCUGGGAAGCCGCUUAGAAAAACCUUUGACUGGAAUCCCAGGAAAGAAAUGUGGCACCAUCAUAGUGAGAGCAGAAGAAGUGAGCAACUGCAGGGAGUCAGUGAUGUUACAGUUUUGUGGGAACAAGCUGGAUAAGAAGGAUUUCUUCGGAAAAUCAGAUCCGUUUCUUGUGUUUUACCGCAGCAACGAGGACGGAUCGUACACCAUCUGCCACAAAACAGAGGUGGUGAAGAAUACUCUGGAUCCAGUGUGGCAGGCUUUUAAAAUUCCCGUCAGGGCGCUGUGUAAUGGUGACUAUGACAGGAGCAUUAAGGUGGAGGUGUACGACUGGGACAGAGAUGGAGGCCACGAUUUCAUCGGAGAGUUCAGUACAAGCUACAGGGAAAUGUCCAGAAGCCAGUCACAGUUCCACGUCUAUGAGGUGCUAAAUCCAAAGAAGAAGGGGAAGAAGAAGAAAAAGUACCAAAACUCAGGAACGGUCACUCUGCUGUCCUGCCUGGUGGACACUGAGCUGUCUUUCCUGGACUACAUCAGAGGCGGGACUCAGAUUAAUUUCACAGUGGCAAUUGAUUUCACAGCAUCAAAUGGCAACCCAUCCCAGCCCACCUCACUCCAUUACAUGAGCCCUUACCAGCUAAAUGACUAUGCCAUGGCACUGCGGGCUGUCGGUGAGAUCAUCCAGGACUACGACAGCGACAAGAUGUUUCCCGCGCUGGGUUUUGGUGCCAAGCUUCCCCCAGAUGGACGGGUCUCACAUGAGUUUGCCCUGAAUGGUAAUCCACAGAACCCAUACUGCACUGGUAUUGAGGGUGUGAUGGAGGCCUAUUACCAGAGUCUCAAGAGUGUACGUCUUUAUGGACCCACCCACUUCUCCCCUGUUAUUAACCAUGUGGCCAGGUAUGCCUCGGCAGUGACAGACGGCUCACAGUACUUCAUCCUGCUCAUCAUCUCUGAUGGCGUGAUCACAGACAUGGCGCAGACCAAGGAGUCCAUAGUAAAUGCCUCGUCUCUGCCCAUGUCUAUUAUAAUAGUUGGGGUUGGACCAGCGGAAUUCGAUGAAAUGAUUGAGCUGGAUGGGGACGAAGAGAGGAUCUCAUCCCAAGGACGAUACGCGGAGAGGGACAUUGUUCAGUUUGUUCCUUUCAGAGACUACAUUGACCGACGAGGAAAUCACAUCCUCAGCAUGGCCCGUCUGGCUAAAGAAGUGCUGGCUGAAAUUCCCGACCAGUUCCUGUCCUACAUGAGAACCCGGGGGAUCAAACCUGGUCCCUUGCCACCUCCUUACACUCCCUGUCCACCACCAGCUAUCAACCCCCUUCUCACAAGAAGGGUAAGCCGAAUUUAAUGGCUUCCACCCCAGUAUUGGCCAGCCGGGUCUACUGUCCUCUCUUUACGCUUCACUCUUCACUGGAAGCUCCUAAGCACAUGGCAAACUUUUCCUGCAUCUCGCAUGUUGCACUUUUGGGAAUAUUUGGCCGUGAAGGGUGAUGAAGACAGCCCUGAGUGCUUCUUCAGUUUAGAAGACUGGACAAAAAGGUGUGGAUUUUGAAGGGCAGUGGUGGUGGUCUGAAAUCAAGGAGCUGCACCAGGAAGAGUAAACGGGAAAGAAACUCGACAGACUGAAUCCAAGCUGUUCCCAUUUCCACUUCCUCUAAGUCAUGUCACUUGAUAUAUAAAUGUUUACAAAACUGAGGAGUGGAGUGGAUCUUUUAUUUUCCAGGACGAAAUUUAUACAAAUAAAUGUGAAUACCUUUCAGAGUCCUAUUUUUCAGCUACAGAAACAGGAGAUUCUGACUUUGUACAAAAAUGUUUAGGCCCCAGUGCCACACACACUUAUAUAUAUAUAUAUGAUUUUUUCUUUAAUAGAAAUAGAGCAUGUGCCAGUUUAUGAAAAAUAAAGCAUGCACUGUUGUCCUGCACUCAGGGCUUUGUCCCUACCACACACUGCCCCACCACCACUGCCAUGUUCCAUCAUGAACAAACCCACCGGAAAUCGUUCCACGCUCCUAUCGUCUGCUCCAUCCACCUGCCUUGACUCGAAAGGAAGCUGUGCUCCUUGGGAGUCUGGUCAAAUCAAAUGCAACAGGGACUUGAACCAGCCUUACUUUUUAGUCAGAAAACAUUACUGGCAAAAUGGGUUAUGGAAACGUGGAUUUCUCCAAGCCCAGAAGUCAAAAACACACAUUUCACUACCGAACCUGACUGUGUUGUUACAUUUCAGAGUCUUGUUAUUUUCAUGAAACAACACUGUACUUCAGAAGCAUUUCUGGUUUUGGUUUACAUUUCUCUACCUCUCACAUUGUUCAGUAUUGCCAAAAAAUAUUGUUAAAAAAAACAGCAAGUGUUGUAAGUGAUAUUUGGCAAGUCUGUGGUCCGUCACACAGUUUUACCUUUCUCACCACGUAUACAUCAUGUUUGCCAAACUGUACGUUGGGAAGUAUAGCAUUUUGGUUGCUAUCAGAUUAGAUGGCUCACACCUUUGUGGUAGCAACACACUUUUGAUAUGAAAUUGAAUUUGAAAACAGGUAAAAGUGCAGAUUGCUUUUCUUUUAACAACUGUCUGCAUGGAUCAAAGUAAUGACUGUAACAACAGUGUUUGGGUCCAUGUUUGUGCAUCAGUAUUGUAACUAAAAGUCCUAAAGUUUCAUAUAUCUCCUUAAAUUCAGACUCCACAGAAAACCCAUGUUUCAUCAUCAAAUACUCGCAUCCUGAAGGCUUUAAAGGUGACAGCAGCUGCUCUUUGCUUAGAUUCACAGCAGUGGUUUCAAUUAACACUCUCUCUUUUUCAACAUGGCUGCUAAUAAGUUACAUAAAUUUUCUUCUUUGUUAUACUUAUUGUUAGCAAGAACAGUCAGCAUGGCAUCUAAUAAAAGUUAGC